AUGGACCCCGGCAAUAAGAAAGAAAAAGAGGAAAAGGGGGAAGAGGAGGAGGGGGGAGUGGCAGAUGGGGAAGAAGAGGAGGAAAUCACUGCCUCCACACUGCGGGGCAAGCCCCGAGCUCUGCCCAUGUCAGCGGUGCCAGCUUUCAGCUACAUCCCACCGCGGCACCAGGAACCCAAAGAGCUCAGCUACUUUAGCCGCGAGAGCCAGACAGGGGUCAUCUCCCUCUAUGACUGUGUUUUUAAGAGGAGACUAGAUUAUAACCAGAAACUACAUCGAGAUGAUAGAGAACAUGCCAAAAACCUGGGACUUCAUAUUAGUGAGGAGGAACAGGAAAGGGUCGUGCCGGUGCUGAUGUCCUCCGUGUAUGGGAAACGCAUCAAUCAGCCCAUCGAGCCCCUGAACAGAGGCUACGGCCGUGUGAACCACGUGCAGACCGACUUCUACAGGAAGAACGACAUCCCCAGCAUCAAGGAGCCUGGCUUUGGGCACAUCACUCCAGCCUGA